AUGGCUCAUCGUGGAAGUGAAACAGAGAAUAUUGAAGAGCAAGUUGUUAAUGAAGAAUAUAAAAUAUGGAAAAAAAAUACACCUUUUUUAUAUGAUAUGAUUAUGACUCAUGCUUUAGAAUGGCCGAGUUUAACUGUUCAAUGGCUUCCUGAUGUGAAGAAAGUUGAAGGAAGUGAUUAUUCAAUUCAUCGUCUUAUACUCGGUACCCAUACAUCAGAUGAACAAAAUCAUCUUGUUAUUGCUAAAUUACAUAUUCCAAACUCUGAUACACAAUUUGAUGCUAGUAAAUAUGAUGCAGAUCGAUCAGAAUUUGGAGGAUUUGGCAAUCCUCAAGGUAGAAUUGAUAUUGAAAUAAGAAUAAAUCAUGAUGGAGAAGUAAAUAGAGCUCGUUUCAUGCCACAAAAUCCCAAUCUAAUUGCUACAAAAUCACCUUCAGCUGAUGUAUUUAUAUUUGAUUAUACUAAACAUCCUUCAGCACCAAUUUCUGAUGGAGUAUGUCGUCCACAACUUCGUUUAAAAGGGCAUACAAAAGAAGGUUAUGGUUUAUCAUGGAAUGGGCAUAUGCCAGGUCACUUAUUGUCAGCUUCCGAUGACAUGACUGUUUGCUUAUGGGAUAUUCGUGGUGCAACAAAUAAUGCUACUUCUUUAAAUGCUAAGUGUAUUUUUAGAGGACAUACUGCAGUUGUUGAAGAUGUUGCUUGGCAUAGUCUUCAUGAUUCUGUAUUUGGAUCUGUAGGUGACGAUAAGAAAUUAAUGAUUUGGGACACACGAUCUAAUCAAUUUGACAGAGCAUCACAGUCUUUAGAAGCUCAUGAUGCGGAGGUAAAUUGUCUCAGCUUUAAUCCAUAUUCUGAAUAUAUUCUUGCAACUGGAUCUGCUGAUAAAACAGUUGGUUUGUGGGAUUUGAGAAAUCUUAAAUUAAAACUUCAUACAUUCCAAGCUCACAAAGAUGAAAUUUUCCAAGUACAAUGGUCACCACACAACGAAACUAUCUUAGCUUCAUCAGGAACUGAUCGUCGAUUAAUUGUUUGGGAUUUAUCUAAGAUUGGUGAAGAACAAACACAUGAAGAUGCAGAAGAUGGUCCACCAGAGAUGUUAUUUGUUCAUGGUGGCCAUACUGCAAAAAUAUCUGAUUUUUGCUGGAAUCCAAAUGAACCUUGGGUUUUGUCUUCGGUAUCAGAAGAUAAUAUAAUGCAAGUUUGGCAAAUGUCGGAUAAUAUUUAUAAUGAUGAAGAAAAUGAUACACCUGCUCAUGAGCUAGAAAAAGAAAAUAACAUGUAA